CCUGUCGCAGAGAAGCUGUAUAUUCCUGGUGCCAAUGCUAACCGCUGAGAACUCUUGCCUCAGAGAGUUGGACCUGAGUGACAAUGACCUGCAUGAUGAAGGAGUAGAUUUGCUUUCUUAUGGACUCAGGAGUCCAACGUGUAGACUGGAGGUUCUCAGAUUGUCAGGCUGUCUGGUCACAGAGAGAGGCUGUGCUUCUCUGGCUUCUGCUCUGACCUCCAACCCUUCUUAUCUGAGGGAGCUUGACCUGAGCUUUAACCAUCCUGGAGAAUCGGGCCUUGAUGGUUUUACCGCUGGACUGCAGGAUCCGACCUGGAAACUGAAAACUUUAAGAGCAGAUCAUUGUGGAAAACACCGUCUGUUUCCGUCACCCCAAAGGUUCUUUCUUGAGCAGAUGGUGGAUCCCAACACAGCAAACAGAAAUCUGAUACUGUCACUGGACCACAAACAGAUGAUGGCUGUGAAAGAGGAGCUGCCAUAUCCUGACAAUCCAGAGAGGUUUGACACCAGGAAGCAGGUGCUGUGCACUGAUGGUCUGACUGGUCGCUGCUACUGGGAGGUCCAGUGGGAAGGAACAGUCAGAAUAGGACUGUCAUACAAAGGAAUCAGGAGGAAGGGGGAGGGUGACGAGUGCUGCAUUGGUGGGAACUAUCAGUCCUGGGCUCUGUCAUGCAGUCCUCAGAGUUUCACUGCCUGGCACAACAACACACCAACAGAAAUAAAACAGUUCGAAAACACCAACUCCAACAGCCUGGGAGUGUAUUUGGACUGGUCUGCAGGCACGGUGUCCUUUUACUCACUUCCUGACAUAGUUUCCUCCAUGAAAAAGAUUCACCUUCAUACGUUUCAGACCACAUUCACUGAUCCACUCUAUGCUGCAUUUGGGUUUGAACAAACCCAGGAGGGUGAGGAUGAAUCCUCUUCAGUUUCCCUGAUGCAGGUUGAAUAAUGAGGCCUGAUCCUUUAGAGAAGAAUAUUUUGCAAAGUGAGCACAGCAGCACUCAGAGUCAGGUGGACAGAUUCAUGUAUGUAUAUAUCUAAUACAACAAGAUUAUAGUUCAGAUCAAAUGGGCCGUCUUUGCAAACGGCCCAUUUGCAAAGAUAAUAAUCAGAGAACAUAUCAAACAAAAUCCA